UUGAGGUAUAUAUCAGUUCGAGCAGUUAUCUAUGCAGUUUCUAUUUCUAUUCCAGUUACAAUCGUUAUAUACAUAGUGGAAUCGAAUCGCUAUGCUGAACAACUCUAUGAAGAUCUCCUUUACUAUUAUAAUAAAAAUGUGCGACCGGUAAAGAAUGCCAGUGAAAGUAUCAAAGUGAAAUUCGGAGCCUCACUUAUCCGUAUCAUAGACGUGGAUGAGGUGAAUCAAGUUCUAACCACCAACUUAUGGUUAGAGAUGCAGUGGUUCGACUAUAAGUUAGCGUGGGAACCAACUCGAUGGGGUGGCAUAAAAAAGUUGCACAUACCGUCGGACCAGAUCUGGAUUCCGGAUAUCUUGCUUUAUAACAAUGCCGAUGGUGAGCCUCAUAUUACAAUUAUGAGCGAUGCCCUCGUCUAUCACAAUGGACUGAUCGUAUGGAAGCCUCCAAGUAUCUACAAAUCAUUCUGUCCAAUCAAUAUCGAGUAUUUUCCAUAUGAUUCUCAGUCAUGCUCUUUGAAAUUUGGAGGAUGGAGCUACAAUGGAUUCCUCUUAGAUGUGCGGCAGCUACCGUCAGCUGAUUCGCCAAUUAUAAAUCGAGAAGAUGAAAGUGGUAAAGAAUAUCAGUAUCUUGAAAAAGGCAUGGAUUUAUCUGGAUUCUACCAAAGUCUCGAAUGGGAUCUCAUGUCAUUAACGUCACAGCGUCAUGAACAACUAUAUCCAGGAUGUUGCGGACAAGACUUUUACAUUGAUGUCACAUUUGAUAUAGCUUUACGAAGGAAAACCCUGUUCUACACUGUAAACUUGGUCAUUCCAUGCAUGCUGAUAGCUAUUUUGACAACGUUCGUAUUCUAUAUUCCUCCUAUCGAGCAUAAAAUGACGUUCUCCAUUUCUAUUUUGGUUUCCCUUACUGUAUUUUAUCUUGUUCUUAUUGAACUGAUUCCUCCUACUUCUCUAGUCAUUCCUUUGAUAGGUCGAUAUCUUCUGUUCACAAUGUUUCUGGUCGCCAUGUCAAUUCUUUUGUCCGUACUCUCUUUGAAUUACUACAGAAGAGAUGGUUCUGCUCACCCUAUGCCCCACUGGAUGCAAGCCGUCUUCAUCGAAACACUACCGAAAUAUAUUGGUAUUAAAAAAGCUGAAGAAGACGAAGUCAGUGAUCGCGGGAGCAGCACAUCUGAAAUCGGCCAGCUUCUCGAUUCUUCCCGUCGCCCAUCACCGUACUUCCUUACAGUUCCUACUUCCAUUCAAGAUGAUGGGCAGAAACGAACGCGAGGUGAAAUUAAUAAGAUGCGAUUAUCACAACUAGCUCAACUGCGCGGUAUGCACCCCGACUUGAUACGAAGAAUGAUCGACAAUGUCUCGUUCAUUGCUGACCACUUCAGAGCUAUGAAAAAAGAGGACAAGAUCUCUUCCGACUGGUCCUAUGUUGCAAAUGUUAUCGAUCGAUUGGUUCUCAUAAUUUUCACGUUUGUCAAUCUUGUUGGUACGGUUCUUAUCAUUCAAAAUUCGCCUAUGUUAUUCGAUCACACUGAACCGAUGAAAAUUGGUUCGGCGAGCCGACCUCUCUCCGGCGACACUUUUGAGAGCACCUUUGAUGCGAAUUUCACACAGGAAAGUUGGUGGAAGAAUUCUGAAGGCUUAUAA